AUGGCUUCUUCUAACGCAAAGGAAAUCAAGACGAUGAAAUUAUGUAAGUUUAGUUCGAUUCUUUGCUAAUACCAAGAUGUGAUCGAAAAUUGCGGUCUAAAUUUAAAUUAUGAUAUCGAUCGUACGAACGAUCGAUCGAUCGAUCAUGUGAUUGAGCUCAAAACAAUUUCAGAGCUUAUAAGGUUACACCUCUGAUCAGAAAAUCAUAGGCUCCUUCUUUGAAUGCCGAGGUAUAGGAUUAUGGCAUAGGAUUAAAGCAUAGCAUUAUAUCAAGAUCAUUCAUUGUGUAAACUGAGCAUUACGAGAGAUGUAUUUUGAACUUUUCUUAGAGUCGUUUUAUCUCUCAUUUUGAAAUUUCAUAGAUAGCCAUAUCGACAGGGUCAAUAAGGAAUUGCAAGAGGUCAGUUUUUCUUGAACUGUUGUGAAGUUUCCAGAGCAGGCCUUGCCUAUUAACAGAACAUUGAUCAUGGUGGAAUAGUGACGACUGAAAAAUUAAUAAUAUGACAAUCAAGCUAAGUGUGUUAAUGCAUGGUCAAUUAGGUGUACACUGAUCAUUCUGUAGUGCAACCAAAUUCCUCAAAGUUUGAUAUACCCAGGGGGAGGGAGAGUUGGGUGGGUUACAAGUAAUCUAAUCGAAAAUUUUUUCCACCAGGGGUUAGGUUGUUGUAAAAUAAUUAAUUAUCACUUAUUCUUAAAAGAGAAGAUAAUCACACGCAUCUUAGGACUUUGCUUUGGUUUAACCCCUUUAACCCUUUAGAAUGGCUAGCAUUAAAUCUCUCCCAACAAUAUAUCACCCCUGAAUCAAACUUUAACCCUUUAACUCCCAGAUCACAUUUGUAAUUCUCCUUACUGUCAACCAUACAAUUCUUAUGAUGUUAGUUCAGAGAAUUUAGUAUUGGAUCAACUGAUUAUCCCCAAAUUGAUAUUUUUCUUUAUUCUCAUCACUUCUCUGGUUGAUAUUGUAUUGAUAUUGUAAGGAGAAAUUCUAUCUUUGUCACAUAUGGGAGUUUAAGGGUUAAGGUUACAAGAACAAAGGAAAUGAUAACCUUCAGAAAAAGCUAUUGAUUGUCUGAUAAAUUCUCCUUGUCAAUACUAUAGCAAAUAUGUAGACAGCAGUAUAAGGAAUAUGCAUGCUGAUGUAAGGUUGUAAAGGUAUAAUGCCCUUGUAUAAGUUUAAACACCUUUCUGGCGAUGAAUGAUGCUAUAAAAAUUGUGUCACAUGUAGAUUCUGUGCUGAGUUGCCCAGAUUCAAGGGAGUCCUCUAAAUCCUAGAGAUGAGUGGCAUCUUUGUGUACCUUUAUAGCUUCUUGCUAUCCCAGAAUUUUAUCUUUUACAAACAUUUAGUUCAAGACAACUAAUAAGCUUAUCAGGUUGAGGGUAUUAUCUUGAUUUUAAACCAAAUUCUCCUGACUACUUCAUAAGUAAAUUUAUGGAAGUUAGAAGGGAGAAUUACUCAUCAGAUCUUGGGAGUUAAUGUGUUACUGUAUUGCGUUUUUUGAAGCUUGGUUACAAACAUGGAGAUCCUUUGAAAGUGGAGGAUGUCAAUAAGUUUGAUCAGAUGCACUAUUAUGGAAGCAAAGCAGUCAAUGAGGCAAUAGAUAUGCUAGGAAUAAGGUAACAAACAAAAUUUAGGCCAUUUCUGGCUCUCCAACAAUUGUAUGCAAGCAAGAUCCUAAAGACCUUUUCAACCCUCAUGUUUCAACUAUGAAUUGGAGCCCAUAUGAUUUAUUUUUUCUCGGUUUCCAAACAUUCUUAAAUGAACAAAGUGUUUUAGAAUAUAAUCCACUAGGUACAGAGAAGAGAUAUUCUAUUUACAUGGGUUUUGGGAUAUCCAAUGGACUGCAGCUUGGUAAGAUCAUAUUUGGUCUUACUCUUGUACCAAUUUUUUUAUUUCAUUAUCAUGACCUAAAUCUAAUGAUAAUAAAGUUCUGAUAUAAUACACUGUUUUUGGUUGAAAGAGCAUGCUCUAUCAGAGUAUCAUCAAGCAUGCUGACAACACUGUUGUUUGCUUUGGAAGUAAAGUUUUGUUUUGAAAAUUGAAAAUAAUGCAUGGGAAAUUUAAUGGAUUCUUUAUUAUAAAACAAAUAGAGAAUCCUUGACUGUGCUCUGUUCUGUUAUAAAGCACUUAGGAAGCAGCUAGAGCACUCAAGAAGUAGGGAGAAACAUGAGGUGUUAUCACAUGUUUCUCCCCACACUUCUUCCAUGCUCUAGCCGCUACCUGCCUGCUUUACAGCAGAACAGAGCACAGUCAAGGCUUCACUAUUUGUUAAAUAGGGGUACUGAUAAUCAACCUCCAGGUCUGUGUAGCUUCAGUAAGUAAAUGCUCCAGUUCUUUGGUUUUUAUUUUAGAUUAUUCCUUAAAUUUGGAGAAUUUUAGAGGGAGGGGUGGGCAGGUCUGAUGCUAUUUUAUCUUUAUCCCCCAUUCCUCACUUUUCGCUCACUUCUCACAAACCCCCCCCCACCUAAUCCCACCCCCAUCCCUCUAGAACUACAUUCCAGCCAUGUUAGCCUCUACAGUGAACGUUCUGUGCAGAAUUAUCCACCUAUUUUUUUUACUUAGCUCAUCUCAUAAGAUCCUUGAUGUAGGCUCAGGUCUUGGGGGUCCUGCAAGGCAUUUGGCGCACACCACAAAUUGCUCAGUCACUUGUCUUGAGCUUCAAGAGGAUCUUCACUCAGAGGGGCAAGAUUUGACAAGGAGAUGUAACUUACAGGAGAAAGUAACUCACAUAUCAGGAGAUUUUCUCAAAAUGGACUUAGGUCAGUGAAUGAUUUACCCUUUACACCCUAACAUCAGUAUGCACAUUCUCCAUACUGUUCUCUAUACAUAUCCUGAGGUGUUGAUGAGGAGAAUUUGUAUAGCAAUCAAGAGCUUCUUCUGUUGGUGAUCAUUUUCUUAAUUCUUGUGAUCUUAAUGUUUAACCCUUUAACUCUCAGAUCAAACUUGUCAUUCUCCUUACUGUCAGUCAUAUAAUUCUCAUAAUGUUAGUUCAGAGAAUUUAAUAUUAGAUCAACUUAUACCCAAAUUGAUAUUUUUCUUUAUUCUCAUCGCUUAUCUGGUUGAUGUUGUAUUGAUAUUGUAAGGAGAAAUUCUCUCUUGGUCACUUAUGGGAGUUAAAGGGUUAAAUUUGGGGUGAUUUGUAGGGAGAAAUUAGAUGCUAUUCACUCUUAGGGGUUAAAGGGUUAAAUGUCUUUCACAGUAAAUGAUUGCUGUUGAUAGCGAAUAAAUAUGAAACAGUAUGAACUUUCCUCAACCACUGACUUUGAAAGGCUGGUUUUCUUUCUUGGAAUAGACUUCUCUAAAGAUAUGUUAAUAUCUAGCGGCAGCUCAUGAGAACUAACACGUGAUAUUUACACAUUAAAUGAACUGAACAGAACAAGCUAACCCCGCCAGCAGAUUGAAAAUGUCCAGUCACGACUUACUUAUGCUACUUGAGGGUGUGAAAUAGUCUGAACAGUAUGAUAAACAUUUUGAUAAAUUUCAUCUGUAUUUAUUCACUUGUCGUUAUUCAGAAGUUUAUUUCUGGUCAGUGGUCUUUAUUACUUUGCUCACGUCACUAACACGUGUGGAAAAUCACCAGGAAAAUCACCUUUUCAUAAUUUUGCUCUCAAUGACUGCCUAAGUAUUUUGGAACAGUUUUUAAAUAUAGCUGAGUUUCUUGAGCAACUUGUAUUGCUUCAUCACAGAGGAUUAUGGUCAAUAACAUCAUAGUAGAACUGACCAAUAAGUAUUUCAAGCCAGACAUGUAACACCCAAGUGACAAAAGGCUCCUCACUUAUCUUUGAUGCUAACGUUUGCUCUGGUUGUCACAACAACGGUUGCAGUACUCUUUCUGACAAGAGUCCUUAUCAGGACUACUUUCACCUCCACAGUAAGACUACAGGAUUUACUAACGCUCAAAAGAACGUCAAUGGUGUUAAUCUUUUGUACAAUGGCACUUAAUACGUAGGCUAAAAAACGUUAACCAAAAAGCAAAGUGGAGAGGGCUGUUAAAUAAUAAGUUUUUGUCAUGAAAAAUGUUAAGUUCAAAGAACAAGUUGUGGCCAAAUGCUGCAAAAAUGCGUUUCAAAUAUGCAGCACAGUUUAGCUAUCAUUUGAUAGCUGAGCCAGUGAUUCACCACAAUUUGUGAAAAUAUUUUGAUGAACGUUCUCCCCUUCUUUCAGGUGAUGGCAGUUAUGAUUUUAUAGUGUCUUGGCUGGUUUUUCUCCACAUUCCAGAUAAGAAGAGUAUAUUUGAACGCUGUUUUCAUAAUUUGAAACCAGGAGGAAAAAUGUAAGAUCCUCGAUGAUAAGUUGUAUUGUGUAAAUCUUUCCACUUCUACCUCACCUGCCUUCCCUCUCUUCCCUCGGUUCACCUUCCCUUGGUCCACCUUCCCUUGGUCCACCUUCCCUUGGUCUACCCUCCCUUGGUCCACCCUCCCUUGGUCCACCCUCCCUUGGUCCAACCCCCCUUGGUCCACCCUCCCUUGGUCCACCCUCCCUUGGUCCACCCUCCCUUGGUCCACCCUCCCUUGGUCCACCCUCCCUUGGUCCACCCUCCCUUGGUCCACCCUCCCUUGGUCCACCCUCCCUUGGUCCACCCUCCCUUGGUCCACCCUCCCUUGGUCCACCUUCCCUUGGUUCACCUUCCCUAAUACUUCAUAACUGGAUAUUAGUCAUUAUAGCUGUGCUUAUAACGCUUAAUAAAGAUAUUACCUCGCUCUUUGUGGAGUCUCUGUGAUUCAGUGGUAGAGCAUCGGAGCGCGGAAUCCAAAGGUCUGAGGUUCGAUUCCUCAUGGUGACUGAGAAGUUUUUCUUGGUCCACCCUCCCUUGGUCCACCCUCCCUUGGUCCACCCUCCCUUGGUCCACCCUCCCUUGGUCCACCCUCCCUUGGUCCACCCUCCCUUGGUCCACCCUCCCUUGGUCCACCCUCCCUUGGUCCACCCUCCCUUGGUCCACCCUCCCUUGGUCCACCCUCUCUUGCUCCACCCUCCCUUUGUCCACCUUCCCUUGGUUCACCUUCCCUAAUACUUCAUAACUGGAUAUUAGACAUUAUAGCUGUGCUUAUAACGCUUAAUAAAGAUAUUACCUCGCUCUUUGUGGAGUCUCUGUGAUUCAGUGGUAGAGCAUCGGAGCGCGGAAUCCAAAGGUCUGAGGUUCGAUUCCUCAUGGUGACUGAGAAGUUUUUCUUGGUCCACCCUCCCUUGGUCCACCCUCUCUUGCUCCACCCUCCCUUGGUCCACCUUCCCUUGGUCCACCUUCCCUUGGUCCACCUUCCCUUGGUCUACCUUCCCUUGGUUCACCUUUCCUUGGUUCACCUUCCCUUGGUUCACCUUCCCUAAUACUUCAUAACUGGAUAUUAGUCAUGAUAGCUGUGCUUAUAACGCUCAAUAAAGAUAUUACCUCGCUCUUUGUGGAGUCUCUGUGGCUCAGUGGUAGAGCACCGGAGCGCGGAAUCCGAAGGUCUGAGGUUCGAUUCCUCAUGGGGACUGAGAAGUUUUUCUUGUUUUUCUUUGUCCCACGCUCGUGACAAAACGAAAAAAUCUUUCUUUAUGUUCUUUUCUAGUUUUAUUGAAGAUUUCUAUCAGAAGUCAGGUGUAGAUUUAACCGAAGACGACCUGAGAGUUUAUGAACAAGACUUGUACAUGAGCAAUCUCACUGAAAAAGAUGCUUAUAUAAGCCAGGUGAAGGCAGCAGGGUUCACCGAUGUCCAGGUAGGUCAAUUUCCAAAUUCGUCUAUAGUUAGACAAAAUCGACUACCUUACCUCCCCAAACUCGGCUUCACCCACCGCCCUUUUUAUCGUGUAGAAAAGAUGAUACAAACUUACUAAAUAUUGUAGAGGUGUUGAGUGCUUUAUGGGAUGAGUCCAUGGUAUCGCACUUCGCAUCCUUGUCAGCGGUGCAUAAUGGCAUGCGCAGAUGACUUAAACUAACGCGCGCACAUCAUAGGCCUCCAUUGACGAGCUCAAACCAAGAGAAUAUAUACUUGAUAUUCUCUUGCUCAAACCACGUACAAUUUCAUGAUCCGUAGUUUUUUCUUCUUUUCUGGCUGGGAACGUCGAGGAAAGUCGACAAAGAUCGGAAAUAUAUGGAAAAGAGGUCUUAAUUCUCUGCAAAAUCCCGCUUUCUUGCUAUUAGUGAUAGCACCGCGAAUUUUUGUUCUUCUCAAGCAAAUUCUUACGAACUCUUGCUUCAACUCAUAAUGAUGAACAUGAGAAAACUACGCGUUUCUGAUUGGCUGACAACGAGUGCAAAUAACAAAAAAAAUGUUAAAAUUUGUCUGUCUUGCCUUGCUGAGAUGUUUUUACACGUAAAUUAGUAACAAGUAAUAGCAUGAUUUCUCCUGCAAUUUGGUGUAAUAAGCACUUGUAAAAUCUUUCAAAGACUACAAAUUGCAUUCACCCUACGAGCUGGUGCAAUUUUGUUGUCUUUGAAUUGGUGCUUAAUAACACCAAAUUGUAAUCGAAACCAUGUUACUACCUUCUCCUAUUGUAUCUCUAUGAUUGGUCAAUUUAGCGGGCUGUGUUUCAUUGUACGGCCCGCUAAAUUCAAAACUUACUUUAAACUGAAAGCUUCCCUUUCUUCUUGAACCCAGAGAUAUGAUAACUAUCUUAAUAACCCCGUUUCCUCGGUUUGUACGGUAAGUGACGGAAAAGACUCGGUCUGCAACUUACGCGGUUACCGUAAUUUCCAGCCGAUUACCCGCAAACAGUUCUUUGGUGCGGGUUAUAGGAAGGUGCGGGUAAUACGAUAAUUUUUUAAAGCUUCCGGUAUAGUUUUAAAACUUUAAGCAAGAAAAAAACAGAGAUGAUAGGAUCCACUAAAGACACUCUUUAAAAAACCUGUGCGAUAACUCAUUUUUUCGCGCAGACUGCUCAUAAUAAUAAGAGACUUUUAUGCUCUUGAUGAAAGCCGAUGCAAAUCGAGAACAUAUCAGCAAGACUCGGUGAUAAAGCUUUUAUCUUGUUUGUACUCUUACUUUCUUACCUUGUGAAGUUCUCAGCGUGUUUCUUUGUUUAUUUUAAAAAAGAGGUACAUGUAUACUUCCAUGGGGUUCUUUCUUGACAUGUUUUAUUUUUGUUUCUGUUUCUUUUUUAGUUUGAUGAUCUGACCGAAGCUUACCUGUCGUUCGUUUCAAACAGACACCAGGAAUUUUGCAAACAGAAAGAACGCCAUGUGCGGGUGAUAGGGCAAGAUGCAUUCGAUUCCCUAGAAUAUUUUUACUCAAAAGUUCUUUGUGUAUUCACGAAAGGCAUUACGGGAGGUUGUCGUGUUAUUGCGACUAAACCAGUUUUGUAGAUCAAAGUUAAUAGUUUCCUAAUUAAAAAUACGUUUGCGUAUUAAGUAGUUUUAAAAAAUAUAUUAUAAAAUAAUUCAAAUAGUACGCGCGCUCUGAUUGGCCAUAGAAUCAUUUUACGUGAGCGUAUGUAAACACAGUUUUCAUACUGAAUCUUCUCGCGGAGUUCUCCCUGCUAUUUAUUUAGCAGUAACUCAGUUUCUUUAAGUUUGUUUUGAGUACAGUAAUGGAAGAAGAAGAUUUUCCUAAUUUUUCUUUGGAGUUUAAUUUUCCCAGUAUUCAAGAAACGGCCGAAAAGCCAAAUGAACAAUAACAACAACAAGCACGUCGCUUUCCUUCGUUGCAAGAAGAGGCUCUUUCUUUAGUUAUUUUAUACAAGAUAGGCCCGAUAUUAUCUCGUGUUAUCUCUUAUCUCGUGUUCUCCCAACCUCCCGCGUUUUCACAUCAGGCUAUGUAAACACUGAAACCAUUUUACAUUUCUUCAGUGACAAACUAAGAAAUAUAUAAUAUAUAUAUAUAUAAUAAAAAAUAUUCCAUGUUGCCGAGUGUCUGUUCACGGAUAGAUCACAGAAGACACCAGUCAUAGACGUCAAAGAGUGGCAUACGAAGCGCAGACAUAUUAUGCGCGCAUAGGAGAGUUUAGAGACUGGUACCGAGUGAAAUAAACCGCUACUUCUCGUGCCAGUCCCUCGCGUUAUUUUAGUUCGGCGCUUCUGGCUGAAACGAGCUUACUUGGAGCUUUAAACACAGACUCCACGCUAGCUCAUCUGAGGUCUGUCUUUGUUCAGGCCUUAGAACAAAGCAUAUUGAUUCAAAGUAUAAUCGAAGCUCUGGACAAUUGUGUAAAUAGGACAGUCUUUAGUGAACGGUGGACUCUGGGUAGAGAUUGCCAGGGCCCAUAACUUGGGA